AUCGACGGAAAUGAGUAGCUAAAGACAAUAGUUAUCAUUUAUUAAUCCCAAUUAAUGACAAUUUAGGAUAGACCAACAAUAAAUAUGAUUUAGUCACAAAUAUCAUUCACUGUUAUCAAAACUUGGCGAUUGGAAACGAAGUUCUAUUCAAUUGGAUCAACUUAUUUGGAUGUUUAGGUUACAAAUCUAUUAAACUCAUCACUGUGUCUGUUAACAGUGUUCUUGAUGCUUUUCAUUUCCUCGGUGAAAUUCCAAGGAGUAGGCAGAUUUAGGACUUGGAAUCAACCAGGAAAAAGAGAUGAUUCGUUGCGUGGAGUAGGCUGAUUGAGACCACGCACGGAAUCGGAUCACUUCUUACCAAUGAACGAAUAACCUCUUCUCUUGAUAAUGGAUCUAAAGUGGGAGUCGAAAUGUUAAGAAUUUUCAAAAUUCCAUCGCAGUUCAACCCGUGAACCUAGUCUUUAAUUUAUUUAUAUAUAUAUAUAUAUAUAUAUAUAUAUAUAUAUAUAUAUAUACAGGGUGAUUCAUUAAGAAUGUCCAAUCUCUGAACUGUAGAUUCUAGACCUCAAAAUAUGAUGAUUUAGGCAAAUAUUUCUAGCUUCCGAGAUACGGGGUACAAUGUUUAAAUUUAAAUUUAGAUUUUCGCAAUAAUUUUUUAUGUUUUCACAAUUUCUCUUUGAAAAUUGGCAAUUUUACGUUGUUUGUCAUGAGGAAUCAUAAUUUGCACUCUAAUUUAACAUUGCUAAUAGAGGGCGCUAGUUACACUUGUUUGUGUUAAUUAAAACAAAGUAAACUUUUUUGGGCUAAGCUUACAACUAAAAUAAUAAAAAAAAUAUUGAAAAGCGUUAAAUUCUACAAAAAAGUGAAUCUUCUUUGAUUCGUGUAACUCAAUCGGCUAUCGGGUUAUUUGCUUCUAAAAAGUUGAAUAAAUUUUAAUUUUUUCAUAAAAAAAUUUUAUUAUUCCUUAAAUAUGUAACAAUAACAAGUUCAAGGUUAGCAUCCGGUUUUUUCUAUUUUAAUACAUUCAGGGGUGAAAAAUAAGGCAAAUUCAUGUAUAAAUUAUCCAGAUAUUAAAUAUUUUCUGUAAAUUUUUAGACAUGCAGGUGUAGUCUAAAUUUUAUUUUGACACGUUGACACAAGCACUAAGAAAUAAAAUAGUAUUUUUCUUCAUCUUGUCAAGGUCUGCAAAAAAAAUCAAAACAAAUUGUAUUUACUAAGCCUAUUCCAACUUUUAGUCGUUUCCGAGAUAUUUGAGAUUUUAAAUUAUUAUUGUAUUUUUUAACAAGUUUCAAUUUUUUAUAUAUACUUUUAGUAGGCUUUGUAAUAAAUGACAUUUAACUGUCAUUAGAACAUUUAGAUGCACAUAGUUUUUUUUGAUAAUUUUUAAGAAAGAUUAAUUUUGACGUUUCGACUGUUCUUUAAGUCUUUAUCAAAAUAUGAUAUUGACACUGACAAUUUGUUGAUUUGUAUUGAUCUAUAGAUGACCUUCAUCAUGAAUAUCAAAAUAAGACUAAACUCAACUUAGAACUUUGUUCUAAUAAGAAAAAUUAAUUUUGGUCUCUACAUUUCAAAUAUCAAACUCACCCUAACAUCUUUUUAAUUCGCCUUUAAGAAACAAAUUUGACACCAUCUGUCGUUAAAAUACAGAAACCUUCAUGGCUGAGGUAGAUAAAUAUUAAAGUGAAUAAAAUAAAUAUAUUCUUUAUUUAAGAGUAUUGAGAGAAAUUUCUAAAACGAAGUAGAUUUUUGUUAGAUUGUUUAAAUAAUUAUAAAAUGAACUUGACCUUAUGACCAGAGAAAAAGUGUCAUGUCAUAAUCGUAUCAGAGUUUGCAAUUAUUAAUAUUGUCAGACAUGACAUAGUGUUUAAAUGUUUGUCUUAAAAUGAAGUUCCAGAGUAAGGAAACAAAUGCUAAAUUAGAUAUUAUAAAGAAGCACAUUGCAAGUUUUCCUGAUUUUCCAGAGAAAGGAAUUUUAUUUUGGGACAUUUUUUCUGUUCUACAAAAACCUAAAAUAUUUAAAAUAUUAAAGGAAGUACUCAUAGAAGCUGUAAAGAAUAUUCAUCCGCCUCCAGAUUGUGUAGUAAGUCUUGAUUCCAGAGGAUUUUUAUUUGGUCCCUUAAUAUCACUGGAGUUCGAUUUCCCUUUUGUGCCUAUUAGAAAAAAGGGAAAACUCCCUGGCGAAGUUGUUACCAGUACAUAUAGUAAAGAAUAUGGAGAAGAUGCUCUAGAAUUACAAGUAGGGAGUAUAAAACAAGGUCAAAGAGUGUUGCUGGUAGAUGAUCUCUUGGCAACUGGUGGAACUUUAAGUUGCGCUACAGAAUUGAUAGAUAAGAUCGGAGGUGAAGUAGUGGCAUGCCUUGUAAUUAUUGAAUUACCAAAACUGAAUGGUCGGAAAUUGAUAAAUGGCAACAUUUUGUCACUUAUUGAAUUUUAAUAUGUUGAUGUGUAGGAAGUGAUAAAAUACAUUCCAUUUGUAUUUAAUAUUUUAUUUGUAAAAUCCGAAUAAAAAAGUGUAUAUUUUUUCAUA